ACGGACAGGACUUGUGACUUUUCUCUUCUCUUCUUCUCAGCCUCAUCUGCCUUUUUGUUGAGGAUUUCAAGUUACAAAUUCAAGCCCUGUCCACAGAGCGUCUUUCCAGACCUAGGCCAUUUAACUGAGCAUAUUUGGAGCUCCGACCUUCGACAGUGUGUGCUGAUUGUUCAGCCAUGGCUUCGAGCUCGCGCGAACGAGAUGUUCACCCUCCGGGAGAGCCUGUGGCGAAAUACCCCGUCCUUAGUGAAAGCGACACCACCGAUACAUCCACCAGGGCAAUGGAUAGCCUCAAUGCGAGAGCCUAUCGCAGUCCCAUCCAGUCGGAGGACGUCCUCCAUACCGUUGACAACCGUCCCAAGCGGCUUUUCUCUGCUAAGGGCGACGAAUACAAGCCUCGAAGUGAGCCGCGUCGGGUACGCGUCGUCGACGAGCUUGACGAGUCUUCGGAAUACCAGCUUCAGCUGGCUUGGGAGCGUUGGGAGCUUAACCGUGAGGCGAUUCAGGAGUUUCCGGAGCGUCGGCAUCGUCGGGAGCUUCACCGUGUGGAGAUUCAGGAGCAUCUGCAGCGUGAGAGUGUGGAGCUUCGGGACCGUUUGCAGCGUGAGCGUCAGGAGGCUCGGAAGUCCCAGGGGCUUCGAGGGCUUGGAGAUCCUUUACCUGUAGAGCCCCGGGAGCGUCAGAUUGUGUGGCGUGACCAUCUGGAGCGUGAUCGUCGGGAGCGUGAGCAUCAGGAGCUUCGGGACCGUUUGGAGCGUGAGCUUCAGGAAGCUCAGGAGCUUCGGGAGCUCCGGGACCGUUUGGAGCGGCAGCGUCAGGAAGCUCAGAAGUUCGAGGAGCCUCCAACGCUUGAAUAUCUUAUAGCUCUAGAGCGUCGGCAGCGUCAGCUUCUGUCGCGUGAAAAGGUUGGGCAUCAAGAGGCUCAGACACGUCUCGAGCGUCUGGAGCGGGCGAAAUACAAAGCGGGCCAUGGUGAAAACGUCCACAGAGCCACUGCCAGCGAAACAGACAGUGUGCAUGACCCUCAAUCUGAACGUCAACUUCCUCAAAGCAGGGAGUCCACUACAGACCAGGCCCAGGCCGACGACAAAAGAGGCUUGCAAGGCGACCACUCAUCUCACGGUACGAUUGCUUCAGACUCGGAGGAAACUUCAGGAGAGAAAAGAGAGCCGCAGACGGGAGAACCUGAUGAAGUAUUUUCAAAUAUUGAUCAUGUAGUCCGAUUCGCUUUGCGGGGCUCCAAGGCCCGCGGUGUGUCAAUACGCUUGCGCUGGACCUUUUUCCAGGCCUUGGAAGGCCAGUUCGGCAAAGGAGACAUCAAGGUCGAGUCAAUUGUCACACUCACCGGUUCGGUUUUGCGCGCACAAGCAACAACAUGCGGCGACUACAUUCGGACAACAUGGCCACGGCAUGGCCCCUUUUUCAUUCGCUUGCUGCAAGGCCUUUGGGAUUCGUACAGGGCAAACUCGACACAAAGGUUCAGUAUCCCGGUUGGGGGUGACGGGAGUCAGAUAGUCACCGGUGAUAUCCUUGGGACCAGGGUGACAAUGGAAGUCAUCCAGGACAAGGACAUGAUAAGGAAACUCGUUCAGAUGCUUGCCUGGGCCGGAGCAGCAAUUAGUUCUUCUGACGACAUUGAAAACGUCGCAUAUUGCCACCCGGACCUCACUGUCAGCCGCGGAGUUGUUGAGUUAGACUUUCAGAAAAGAUCGCUGCCUGCCAACACCGACUCCUGUUGGAUACCGCUCUUUUCGGGUGCGUCGAUCGCAUAUGACUUCCCUAUACCUCGACGGCAGGAUGAGGUUGGACUCGAAAUCCCUCUGCAGAUUCUGGCCGCUCUGUUGGGCGCCGUUCGCGCUGUCGAAUAUGACGGGGGAGUUGUUAUCAAGGGAUUCUCCAGCAUGAUUAUCCCCACCGAGAGAACAGGUGAGAUAGUCCAAUGGCACCUAGUUGCCAAUGCAAACUUUGCGCAGCGUCUCUCAUAUCGUGACGGUCUUGAGCGCUGCCCAAGGCGAGCUUUAAUGGACCAAGUCGACUUUGAAUGCCUUCAGAAGACCCGUGCGGUGCUUGGUUGGUGUUCAGCGACACGUUGUUUGCUGGGCAGCCGUGAUGCCGACUACGGGUCCAUCGAUUACUCGGGUGCAAAAGAAGCCGGAAGGUCGUUCAAUUUUGCAGGAGGAACUUUGGGCUUUCAGCAAUUUGGCGUGGCGCAGCUCGAUUUCACCCUAGGGCCAAAGGACGGCAAAUGCCACUUUCAGCGAACCGGUCCUUACCAGAGAAUAGUCAGCGCGGCAGAAAAGACUUUGGUUGUCCUCUACGACACGUCGGAUGAACGGGGAUGGCUUGUACCUGCCUCAGAAGUCAUCCUGCAUAUGUGCCACCACCGUAACCAGGUCGAGCCUUUUGAGAUCGGCGGUUCAGCAGUUCUGCUACCUUGCACCAAGGCCACGGGACAGUCUGCUAAGAAGAUACUCUUGGAAAAUGCGUCGCUUGACCUCUGUGACCCCAGCUUUGAAAAGUACACCUUGAGGGACCUUAUCUUGAACUACUGGUCCCUCCUUGAGUUUCUACUGGACCAGAACGUGAGAAGGGAUCAAGCCUCAGGUAAUGCCAUGCAUAUGCCCCUGCACGAGGUGCUUCAAGGCUACGAGUACAGGUCCGUGGUUGAGGAGCGCUCUCCUUUUCGGACAAAGCAAACAACCCUCAGAAGGACUUGUGGUGGCUGGCCGGCUCUAGUACGAGAUGUGGAUGCUUUGGUUCUUUUCGCCAGUGGAUUCGAAGACAUACUACGUCCUCUGAAAGAUGACCAGUUUCACCAUGUAUGCCUCAAGUGGCGGAGUAUGCCCAAGGAGCACAGCUAUCUCGCUACGACGGUCAAAAUCCUGCAGGAUCUCUAUGAAGUUGCUGGCAAUCGGCUCCACAGACAAUACCUUACCUCAACUCAGCUACAGUGGGUGCAGGGCGCCUCAAUGUUAUUCGAGCCUUGCACCUCUCCAGGAACAUUCCGAUGUGACUGCGUGCGUCUGCAAAAGAUCGGGCGAGAAUCGCACUGGCACAACAGAGCAAUACCUCCAGCCCCGGUUCUUGACGGGCUCGAGAGCGGUGCGGUGAUUUUUGGACAGUCCUUUGAUGCUCCGACAAGAACCAGACCAGCGUCGAACGUGCCUUCAACGAAAGGGCUAUACAGCCAGCCAAACUCGGUCUUUGUCCACGCUGAGGAUAGAGAACCGCCUCGAGGAGACCCGCGCGGUUCUACGAACCACGAGCAUCGGUUCCCAGGAGACACUAUCUCAGCCUCGCGGACUAUCACUGUGGGGACAGCCCUUAGGCACAGUGCUUAUGCAGGAGUGCGUGCCUCUUCGGUGCAGUCGCCCCUGGACUAUGGAAUCGACGAAGUAUUGCCCAUACACCAAUUGACAGCCUCCUCUACCAGGAACCAGGAACACCGUGAGAACUGUCUAGAAUCCGGCUCCCGGGCCGGAGGCAAACGUAGCACAGAGUAUUUUUCACACGGGCGUAGCGAGCACAAAAGAAGAGACCAACUUCAGUACGAUAUGCGGGCAAUCAGUCUGAGGAAUGAAUCUGGCCCGCUUGGAGAACAACCAAGGCUUCCCACAAGGGACGAACCCCCUGCAGGCUACACAUCUGCAACGCUGUACUCGCGAAGGACUUCUAACGGCGGUAGGACAGAUAUGGAUCCAUUGCCUGGAGAGGCGGAUAUUGUAGUGCUGCCGUUGCGGACGUUGCGAUAGGAGCUAGACGGAUGGAACUUGGUGCAUGAAAGACUGACAUAUUGGACUCGAACUCUGCUUAUUAGAGAGAUUCCUCUCGUUGUCCUUCUGCCUGGCUGGAUGCCUGGAGCUAAUGCUCUAGUUCUGGAGCAAUAAACGCAUCUCGUCCAUUCAGGCUCCGGCAUUUUUACAAAUGGAACAUUUCGCCAUCCAAAGGACCCGCUUGGGUGACCAUCAUAGAGACGCGCCCUAC